CCGUUGCUCCCCUGCCAUGACACCGGUGAUGCUGCAGAGUCAGUGCGGGGUUGCUGCUGAAGUGGCUGCUGCUGACGCGACUGCUGCUUUUGAUGCUGUUGCGGGAGCUGGCACUGGAAGGUGCAGUGGCUGCUGUUGCUGAAGCGGUUGCUGCGGCUGCUGCUGAAGCGGUUGUAGCUGCCGCUGCUGUAGCGGUUGCUGCUCACGUGGCUGCUGUUGUCGCGGUGGCUGCUGACAUGACAAUCGAAGGUGUUGUGGGUGCUUCUGCUGCCGUUGCUGAAGCGGUUGCUGCUCACGUGGUUGCUGUUGUCGCGGUUGCUGCUCACGUGGCAGCUGCUGCACUGGAAUGUGCUCUGGGUGCUGCAGCUGCUGUUGAAGCGGUUGCUGCUCACGAGGCUAGCUGCUGACGUGGCAGGUGCGGACGAAACACCUGCUGACGACGCAGACGCUGACGAUGCACCUGCGAGAACAAGGAACAAAAGAAAUAUCAAUUU